CGUCCAAUCUCGCACGCCUUUGACCCAGCCAACUCCAAACCACCAACUCAAUCCUCAACUCCAUUCUCAAAUUUUCGACCGGAGAUCUUCGAGGACUGCCAUCAUGCAAACACCAUUCACCCACCCUCCCACCGCGUCCCAUGGCCAACCUCUCUCCCUAUCGCUCUGCAGUCCAAACACUGGCGUCAAGCCGAAGCAGCAGCAACUACAUACCUGCAUACCAUCAGCACCUCCCACCCGACCCAUCCGACCCUCGAUCCCGCCCGCACAAGAAAACUCAUCGACGCGGCGGUAUCUUACACUAUCCAUCUCGUCCCCCUGAGCAACAUCACCAGAAUACAACUCCUAGCCAAAACAUACGUCCUCCUCUUCCUCCAUGACGAUGCAGUCGGCACCCAGAACCCUGCUCUUCGUAUCCCUCCUCGCAGCGCAGUCUCGCACAACCAGAGCUCUACAGCAGAGUAUAAUGCUUAUAAUAUCCUAGCCAAGGAGUUACUAACGGAGGACCCUCACGAGAGAGAGCGGUUGCUCGAAGAGAUCAUAUCCUGGGGAUCAGCUACGCAGUGCGAGCGACCGAAGACGUUUGGGUCGCUAGAGGAGUAUCUCGUGCAUGGAUUGGAGGAUUUCGGGGCUGAAUUGAUCCUUCAGACUGUCCGGUUCUCGUGCGGGACUGCGAUCGAGGAUGCUCCGGAGUUAGAGCGAUUGAAAGCGCUGUGCGCGAAGCAUCUGUUGUUAACGAAUGAUCUGUAUUCGUACGCGAAGGAGGCCCGGGCGGAAGCGGAGACCGGGGAAGUGGUGCUUAAUGCUGUCAGGGUAGUGCGUGGGCUCAUGGGCGGCGAUGAUAUUGAUGAUGCUCUAGCUGCAAGGGUAUUGAGAGUAAUGAUUCGAGAUGUAGAAGAUAGGAUGAGCGCAGAGUGUCUGAGCCUGGAAAAGUCGGGUGUGCUGUCAGAGGCGCAGAUGGUCUACGCGCGAGCGAUGGUGAUGGCGGUUGCAGGAAAUAUAUUCUUCUCCACGACGAGUCCGCGGUAUGCCGGGGCUGUCGAGGGGACGACGCUG